CUCUUUCCAAAAUAAAUCUGUUUGAAUUUUUAUCUAAUGUUUUAUUCAACAGUUUAAUAUUUUUAUAAAGAAUACUUCAGUUGAAAUUCCAUUCCGUUUUAUUUUUUCCCCCGCCGCUUUGUCUGGUUUCCCACAUUGCGCGGGCAAGCGAGCAUUUCGUCCAUCCUUAGCAAGUCCGUAUAAUCAAGUUCGGUUGUUCCAAAGGAUCUUUUUAAACGUUUAAAUUUAUCAUUUGGCCCUUUUCGACAUAUUUUAAGGAAGUUUAUUGAUUAGGACAAAAUGUGGAACGAUGACAACGAUUUCAAUACCAAUGGAGGAGGGGGAUUCGAUAAUACGACGAACAUGUUUCAAAGCCCAGCUUCUCAACAAGCAAAGAGUUCGAACAAACCUCGUGCAAUAGCGCCAGUUACUAUCAAACAGGUUUUAGACUCACAAGGAGAAGGCUUAACGAUAAAAGAAAUUGAUGUCCAAAUGGUGAGAAUAGUCGGCAUAGUUAAAGGGAUCGAUGUGUCUUCUAUCAAAGUAAGCUACACAGUCGAAGAUGCGACUGGGUCAAUUGUAGGAAUAUCAUAUCUCGAAAAUGACUCUGAAGAAAACUCUUAUCCAGUGCCUGUUGUCGAAAACACUUACUGUGUAUUGACCGGCAUUAUAAGGACACAGUCUGAAGUCAAGCAUAUCAUGGUUUUCAACAUAUAUCCAGUGACAAAUUUCAAUGAAAUCCUUGAACAUUACCUGGCAGUUAUUCAUAUGUCACUUAAAGCCGAGCAGAUCCCAGCGAACAUUCCUGAAAAGUCCGACCUAAAGCAGGACAUGGUGGCAUCCUACGGGGACACCAAUGGUAGAAAUGAAUCAUCAACAUUAGGCAGUAUUGAUGUCAAAUACAGAAAAGUAUAUGAAGCUAUCAUGAGAGCCACAAGUGACAGUGGCAUUAAUAUCGAUGAAAUUAGAACAAUCAUGACUGUUAAAAUGCCAGUUAAUCAAAUUAGAGCCGCUUUGGAUUAUUUGGUAAAUGAAGGACACAUUUUCACCACGAUCGAUGAUAACCAUUUUAAAUCAACUGAAAGCGCAUGUUGAUGGAUAUUCAAAAACAAAUCUACCCAAAGUUUUGCAUAUUUUCAGUUAUGUGUCCCGCCUCAUCACUAUGUACAUAAAUACAGCGGUUAUAAUCGUU